AUGACUCCAUUGUUAGGAUUCUAUCAAUCAAUACCCACUCUUGGGUUAAUUGCGUUCCUUGCUUUAUUUAUUGGUUUCCCGAGAUAUCGCGAGCGGAAUUUUGCUAAGCUGGACUUGCUAAGAGCAAUUGUUUUGGAUUGCCUGGUUGUUAUUGCGUCUUUAAUCCACUCGGAUCCUUUGGCUAGAGGAGGAGCAUUAGGAUUCAAGUUUCAACUGUUGAAUGUUCUUGAAUUACUCAGUUUCCAGACAUGCCUACUUACAUGUUUAAAAUACUUGGAGGCUGUUCCGUGGUGGGUUGUAUCGUGUCCCUCUAUGAACAUACUUUCCAACAUCAUGGGGAAGGUUCUUAAAACUGAUGGAAAUGAAGGUCGACGUGUGGGAAAAUCCAUGGUGGUGAAACUUCUAAGAGAAAAAGACAGUCUUCUUAGUGAUGUUAAUUCCGCUGAAACAUGCAACAAAAUUAUAUUAUCCUCAUGUCGAAGCUGCUUAGAUUCACUGCAGAAACUAUUUAAGGAAGCUGCCCGUGUUAGAUACUAUGCUGGAUAUUAUGAUAAGUCCAAGGACAAACAAGUAUCUUUAGAAGUCGAUAACCUUUUAUGGUUGCUUGAAAUUUUAGUUGAUAGGCAAGCGGCUGAGGAGUUUGCAUUAAUGUGGGCUAAUCAACGAAAGCUGGCAAACCUACACACGAAAUUCCGGAUGCCCUCUCGCCGUCUAGUCAGCUGCAUAACAACACGACUUUUUGUUGGUAUAGGAAAAGGGGAAAUCCUUCUGGCGAAUGAAACCCGACAGCUAUUAUUAGCGACAUGGUUUCAGCCACUGGUUGAUGACUACACUUGUUUACAAAGACUUACAUCAUUUGAUCGAAUAGUGGUGGAAGAGAAUAUUGAGAAGAUAAUACUCGAACUUCCGCUAGAAGAUCAACGGCGCAUUUUGUUGGCAUGGUUUGGAUAUGUUUUGAAUGGUGAUGUCUGUCCAAACCUUCAAAAAGCCAUUAAAGGCUGGUGCACAAGAACUUUCACUCUUUCAGUAUAA